AUUGAAUUAGUCAAAUGAAGUCAGUCUGACAUCAUGGGGCAGGUGACGGCUGAAGGAGGAGAUCUCCCAGAAAGACCAAAGUCCUACAGGACGACGGGCACAUCAGCCUCAGACAGAACAACAACCAUGGGCCAGAAGUUGGAGAAGCUGUCGGAAAAGGACGAAGAGUCACUUGAUAAUUCAGAUUGGUCGGGGCAAACUGCAGAGACAGAACAGUCGGACACGGCACAACAAGAUGAGAGCAGAGAUCAGGACGAUGGCAGUUUUGCGACCCCUCAGGCUAUUGGUUGGAUUAGUGGGAUCAGUGUCAGCGGACCGGCCACUAGGCACACAGGGGAGCUCCCAGUCCCUUCUCCACGUACAGACCCCCAAACUGGGCAGCCAAUCAGGCCUCUAGGUCAGCAGGAGCACCCUCUGAAAACCAGGGGAGAGAGGGUGGGUGGAGACAGGGAUAGCCGAAGUGUUACUCGGACUGCAGAGGAGUCAAAAACUGUCCUGAACCCUAAGGAGAAAAGACAAACUUCAAACAAAAGAGGAGGCUCUGAGAGUACCACUGUGGCCUACACUGGGACUACAGCUAUGGAGGUGCAAGGAAAUGGGAAGAAAUCAGAACUCGGUCAGAGCAAGUUGAGUUCUGACACUCAAACCAGGAAUCAAACGACCUCACGCGAUCCCACUAAUGAGGAGGACUUUGUGGUGCUCGACAAGGAUGAGACUUGGAUGUCAUCUGAUGGGGACAUCACUUUUGGCAAAAGGACUUCCAGGAAUGCCCGUCAAGAAAAUGGUAAUGAGAAGAAAAGCAGAAGAAGAUCUGACACACUUUCAGUCACGACUGACAGUGUGGAAGCACAUGCUGAAAGUUCACCCGAAGCCUGUUUUGAGAGGGAAAUGGGUCAACAUUUGGCUGAAGUGACAGGCAGCAGGUGCCGACUAAAAGGAGUUGGUCAUGUUGGAGCUGCCCACACCGAGACAACUGGGAGAGGAAGAGCAGAGACGAAGCAAAAAAUAACUGACCAGAGCAAGGGGCAAGUUUCUACUAAAAUUAACGUUACACAAAACAGCGGCUCGGUGAAAAGAUUAAGAGAGAGCACCGAAGAUUUGAAAUACAUGCUUGAUGAAGCAGGCCAGUUGAUUAUACAGGAGGAGACGGGUGGUGAGAGAGAGAUAAAGUCAAAAUGGGAACUGUGCUUGGAAAAGGUAGAUCCUUUAAGAGAAUCAGACAAUCUUUAUGAGGAAAGCCAUGAUUCAGAAUUUAUUGCACAAAAAGCAGCAGGUGCGGAGCAGUCUCAUCAGAGCAGGUUUGCUGAUGCUGUCUCUAAGAGGGCUAAAGCAGGUAGUUUGUGUACCAGGAAAGAGGACAGCCAAGUGUUCUGCAAAGCAGCCGACUCUCACCCGCCAAAGGCCGAGCCCCGUAGCUCUGAAACACCACCACUGCAAGACAAUGCCUCAUUUACAUUGGAAAAAUGCGAUUUGAUACCUUGUCCUUAUCUGUCAGGGAGUGAAGGCUGUGAUGGAAAGAUACAGGUCGCAAGCUUAAAGAGGGAGAGCGAGCUUGUUGGUUUCUCUGCUGUCAUCACCCCUCCACCUGUAACGUAUCUGUUGCCUAAGAGAGACACAUCAAAGGUGACACAACUCGGUUCAAGUAUAGCAAAUGCACAAAUGGCGUCAGAUGCCUCGUGUGAUUCUAAAGAUGAAUCUAAGCCAAAAGGAAACCCCAAAGUGAAAGGUCCACCUCCGCCUGUUCCCAAAAAACCUAAAAACCCAUUUCUAAAGCUCAAAACAGCCCAACUAAGGUCUACUGAUGUGCAAAGAAGAGGCAAAGAUCAUCUGCGCUCUGAGGAGAGGGUCAAGAGGAGACACACAUUUGAUUUUAACAAAUAUCUACCAUGCAACACUCCGACUAAUCAGGACAUGUGCUUGCUGUGGGACGAAAGGGGCACUUACACGGUGCCAACCAACGUACGGCCGCUGUCAGUUGACCUAAGCCCUUGGGAACAUCUUUCGCUCGGACACAUGGAUGAUCAGUACGGAGACGUGAUCGACUUUGACUACUGUGUGCGUAUGGCAAAACUGUCUCCUGAGGAGGAGCCACAAAACCUGGAUAUGUUACAGAGAAGAGUAUUCCUGGAAAGACGAUCCAGAUUUAAAAGCUCGCCUCCUCCUGUUGAGAAAAAGCCCCCAAAUCGUUUUGAGUCCACAGAGACUCUUCACAUACCUGAGGUCACUUCACACAGUGAUAGCCAAAGACCAAAACCUGCUUAUUCAGGGAGAAGAGAAAUCUACCCUGAGCUCCUAUCUGAAAGAGUCGGCACACAGGUCAGCAACAACAACCAUGGUAACAAUGUUAGGCGUAAAGACCACUACAGUAGUGAUAGGGAUGCAGGAAAUGACAGUGAGGUAGGUUCGUACAAGCCUGUGGCGGAAAUUAUUAAAGAAACAAAUCAAAUGCGGAGACAUCAGGGCCAGGUCAAACCUAAAGAGGCCAAAGCUCCGGUUCGGAUAGCAGAGGAGGGUCCAAGUGUCAAAGUAUCCCAAAUGAAGAAUGCCUUUGAUGUCCCAAAGAAAUCCAAAGAGCGACCACUAGAAGUUCAACCACCUCCAAAGAAAGAUAUGUUGCGGCGAGUUGUACGACAGAGCAAGUUCCGUCAUGUCUUUGGUCAGGCCGUGAGGAACGACCAGUGCUAUGAUGACAUCCGAGUGUCCAGGGUCACAUGGGACAGCUCCUUCUGUGCUGUCAACCCCAAAUUUGUUGCCAUCAUUAUAGACGCCAGUGGGGGAGGAGCCUUCCUUGUACUUCCUCUACAAAAGUCGGGCCGUAUAGACAAGGUCUACCCUACAGUAUGUGGUCACACAGGCCCAGUGUUGGACAUCGACUGGUGUCCUCAUAAUGACCUCGUCAUUGCUAGCGGCUCGGAGGACUGCACGGUCAUGGUUUGGCAGAUCCCUGAGAACGGGCUGGAGACUCCCCUUUCACAGCCUGUGGUCGUGUUAGAAGGCCACUCCAAGAGGGUCGGCAUUGUGUCUUGGCAUCCCACCGCACGCAACGUUCUCCUCAGUGCAGGGUGUGACAACCAGAUUGUCAUUUGGAAUGUGGGCACGGGAGAGGCCAUGAUCAACCUGGAGGACAUGCACCCUGAUGUUAUCUUUAGUGUCAGCUGGAGCCGCAAUGGCAGCCUGCUCUGCACCGCCUGCAAGGACAAGAAGGUCCGCGUCAUCGACCCCCGUAAAAAAAGGAUUGUUGCAGAGAAGGACAAAGCUCACGAGGGAGCUCGACCAAUGAGAGCGAUCUUUUUAGCAGACGGAAAUAUUUUCACCACUGGAUUCAGCCGCAUGAGCGAGCGCCAGCUGGCCCUGUGGAAAACUGACAACAUGGAUGAGCCAAUAUGUGUUCAAGAGAUGGACUCCAGUAAUGGAGUUCUGCUGCCCUUCUAUGACCCCGACACCAACAUAGUCUACCUGUGUGGAAAGGGUGACAGCAGCAUUCGGUACUUUGAGAUCACUGAUGAGGCACCGUUUGUUCACUACCUCAACACCUUUUCCACCAAGGAGCCCCAGAGAGGCAUGGGAUACAUGCCCAAAAGAGGCCUGGAUGUCAACAAAUGUGAAAUCGCAAGGUUUUACAAAUUACAUGAAAGAAAAUGUGAACCAAUCAUCAUGACAGUCCCGCGUAAGUCGGAUCUGUUCCAGGACGACCUGUAUCCUGACACAGCCGGCCCCGAUCCCGCCCUGGAGUCGGAGGAGUGGUUCGCUGGGAAGAACGGAGGCCCCAUCCUCAUCUCACUCAAAGAUGGCUACGUCUCCGCGAAGAGCCGGGAUCUGAAAGUGGUUAAGACAAACGUCCUGGAGAGCAAGCCAGUCACAAAAGCAGAAAGCAUCUCAACUGUCCAGAAGCACGCUUCUUCACAACCCUCAGUAAAAAUGGAAGAUAAACUGGAAGAGGUACUCCGAGAGUUCAAGUCACUCAGGGACCGUGUCAUCCUCCAAGACCGUCGAAUCGCCAGGCUGGAAGAGCAGGUUGCCAAGGUUGCCAUGUAAGACCCCGUCCCCUUCCUCGGACCGUUAGUCAUUUUUGGAGAGGAAUCGGUCAGCCGUGGCCAAAUUCUCAAAGAUUCGGCUUCAUUGAGCUUGGUGAGACCAAGCCCUACAUUCCAAGAUGAACUUUAUUUUUUUCCUCAUCAAGUCUCCAGUUUCACACAUAGAGAAAGGAAAAACUCUCGCAGCUCAUGUACACAUUUGAAGAAAAGACAUUUUUGUUGAAGGAAACAGUCUUAACUUUUUAUUGUUUUUCAAAUUGUGGUAAAACAUUCUUAUUAUGUGAAGUUUGUACUUACUACUCAAAAACCGUAUGUAGCAUCAGUAUUUCCAUUGUUAUUUUUUGUGUUGCCAAAUAUGAAUCAUGUGCGGUUUCAUGCACUGCUUUUACAUUUAUUUUCUCUCCUGUUGUACAUUCCGGUCACAACCUGGUAGAUUGAUUUAGUCCAACUGGAUAUUUUUUAAACAAUAGCUGUUGAACCUUUUUCCUCCCACCAGUUUGCUCAUUGAUAACCAUCAGAUUUAUGAAAGUGGAAGAAUUCCUUUAAAACGUUUUGUUCCUCUUCUUCUUGGCUUGAAAUUUAACAUAGGGUUUUAUUGGGGAGGGGGGUGGGGUUGCAUCUCUCUGGUGUAAAUGUUGUGCAAAUGUAGUGGUGCCUCUUGUCACUGUUAAGGGUCAAACUGAAGUCGCCCUCUCCAGUGCAUAUUUAGUGUUGGGAAGGGACCACUCACCCAGCUUGUGUUUCACUGAACCCCUGACAAACAGUUCUGUGCACAUAAUAAAGGUUUUACACACGGAAA